AUGAAACUGAAGAGAAUUAUGGAAAAGGUAGGCCUAAUAUGAAAAAUGUUAACCUCAUCAAAUGGCAAAAAUUCUCGGCCUAUUUUACCUUUCUUACACGGUUUGCAAAUCGCGACUUGAAGGAUUUGUCACCGUAUUUUAUCCUUCUUUUUGGCAUUCUGUUUUAUCGCGGACAAGUAAAAAUUUAAAUUUUUGAACUUUAAAAUUUCCAAUUCUUAUUUUUGCAUUUAAUAGUGUUGGCGCUCGGCUAAAUGUUACUAGGAAGAGGUCGGCCCGGCCCCGGCCCCCUUCAAAUUUUCUCGGCCCGCCGGGCCGGGGGCCGAUAGGGGGCCGAACUGUAAAUAUAAAUACUGCGUUCAUUGCGAGAUAUAACACAUUUUUUUGGGUCUUUGGUAGUUCAGCUCCCCGCGAAAGGUAGUUCAAACCCCCACUGUUUUGCCCAUUUCACACCCACCGUAAUUAAAAAAUUACAAUUAUACAAAAAAUGCAAAUUAGAGUAAAAUGACCCCAGGCGUUUUAGUUCAAAGCCCCAGUUACCGUCCAAAUUCGUUUUUGUGGUUCAGGCAACGAUGAUCGUUGCCGAGAGAACCCAAUCCCGAGUAGGCGCUUCAGAUUGGAUGAGGGGGUUUAUACUGGGUCCAGAGGGGCUGAACUGGGCUGGCGAGUUGUACUACCUUAGUCCCCAUUUUUUUGUUAUAACAACAAUAACAAUAAAUUUUUGAAACAAAAAAUUACCAACCAUUGCCUAAAGUACUUCAAAAAACCCAAUCGGUUCUUGGCUCUGCGUUUUAUUUUUAUUGGCAACCCUAAUUUUCGCUUUGAGACUGAGAAUUUUAGUCAUUGGGGGCCGAUUGGGGGCCUGGCGGGGGCCCCCGGUCGGCCCGGCCCGGGGGCCGGAAGAGCUCGGCCCGGCCCCGGGGCCUUUAAAACUCGUUCGGCCGGCCCAGGGGCUGGGCCGGGCCGGCCCGGCCCACUAGCCAUGUCUAUCUUACACUUGAUCAGCAAAAUUUUGAUAGAAAAUUUUUUAUGUCCAAAACGUUUUGCGCAUUUUCGGCGAAAUAGAGGGUUUGCGCUUCAUUUUGCCUCAAGCUAUUCUAAAAACCUCAAAAAUUUGCAUAAAUCCACGUGAAUUUGCACAAAGAAAGAGUUGACCCGAAAUCGCGUGUCAACUCUUUCUUUCCGUCGAUUCUGUGGUCGAAAAUACGAAAUUCUCCAUCCACUUUCCAGCCAAUGGACCCGAUUGUGUGCCAGUGGUCCGAGUGUGGGAUUGUGGUCGCCGGCUCCGCAGAUCUCGACUUCCAUUGGCUUCAGCAUCUCAUCGAAGACCCGGUUUCUUGCCUCUGGGCCAACUGUUUCCACGUUUUCCCCGCGCGCCAAUCAAUCGAAGGCAAAAUGUUCCACCUUCGACAAGCCCACACCUCCCAUCGACCUUUCGAGUGCGAUAAAUGCGAAAGGAAGUACGUAGCGGAGUCGUUUUUGGAGCUACAUAAAUUUCGGAUUCAUGACCAAAAGAAGGCAAGUGUAAUAUCCGAUUUAUGAGCUGUUUUUAGAACCUUUGUCUCUGCCCCUUCUUGGAUUGCAAUUUCAACAGCGAGGAGCUGCUGGAUUUGUCAGGACAUUGCAUCGCAGUGCAUGGAGCGGAAGGCUUGAAAAGCUUGGUCAAAAUCUUGGAUGGGGUAAGAUAAUUUCGUUAUUUCUUUUAUAUUUUAGGCGAAAUAUGAAGUUUUAGCUGAAAAUGGAUUAGUUGAGAUUUUCAUCAACUAGAAGGCGCUAAUUUCACUGUUUACACGUCAAUUUUUGCAUUUUUUUUGACCAUCUGAUGUCUAGUGCAAUGUCGGCUGUAUUUGCGUAAUCUUGCAUGUAAUUUUGCGAGAUUUUGUUUUCAUUAUCUGCGAUGCUAUAGAAACUUGCAAUUCGAAUCGAAAAUCUCCAGGUUUUUCUACAUCUACCCUACGAAAAAUCAAUUCCCGUAUGACCAUCUACUACAAUAUAAAACCGGCUUUAAAAUGCUUGUUUUUGUUAAGGUUCUGUUAGAUGUCUGCUUCUUAUACUGUGAAUUGCAUAGGCGUUCAUUUAGGAAACGUUUUUGCUUUAUUUGGCUGUUUUCUUUGAUAGUUUAAUUCAGCUGACCUACUACAAUAUAAUUUGUUGCUUUUUCCAGAACCCAGCCGAUCUCCUUUUCCCCAAUGACAUUGAUAGAUCGAUGCAAUCACGUGUUCCACACCUAAAACAAAUAUUAUUGAAGUCUCUUCUAAAGAAAACCGCCGAAUUUACCCCUUCUCGUCCUAUCAAGUCGGAUCUAACGGAUUUGCCGAAUAAUCUUCUUUCUGAACCCUCUACUUCAAAUUCCACUAACCAGAGAUACUCACCAAACCUCCAUGUAGCUGAUACAAUCGAAAUUUCGCCAUUUGAAUCUCGAGAAUUUAGUUUUCCAACGUCAGCUUCUGUAAGUAUCAUGUGUAAUAUAAUUUUUCCCCAAAUUUAGAGAUUUUGGAUAAUAAUAUCUUUGUUGUGACGCAGUAUUCCCAGGGAAGUAAUGUAGUUGUUAUUUUCAGCCUAUGUUGCCAGGAAUGACCACUCCUUCAUCAAGUGUAACACCAACAUUUAUUCAGCCGGCAAUGGCUCCGUUACCCUCGGAAGGCGUCCCUCAGAGUGUACCAUUGCAUAAUAUGGGAUAUUACAUGCAUUUCGUAUGGUUUUAUCUAUUAUUUUUUCAAUUUUUAGAGUCCCAUGUUAUCCAUGACCUGAAAUUGAAAUUUCAGCUUUCAAACCCGAUACUGCACCAUCAGCCGGCAAUGGAGGCGUCGGCUAGUUUGUCAGUACCUCAACAGUUAUAUCCCCCACCAAUUCAACAUCCUGAUCCUCAUUUCCAACCAGUUCUGAGCGUCCCAAACUAUGGUCCUCCGAUGGCCCAAACCGAAAGCACCCCAUCGUUGACUCCUUCCGUCAUAUCGAUCCCCGUGGAAAAGAAUGGGCCUUACAAUGUGUGUAAGGUCGAUCUAAGCCAUAGCCAUCGAGUUAUUCACAAGGUAAGGCAUCAAAAUGUCUAGUAUAAUAUAGGUAAAAAAGAUUGGAAAAUGAAGUGUUUGUGGGGAAAAUAAUGUUGGAAAUAAUUUAAAAAGACAUGUGGGUGCUUUUCAGACCGUUCAAAUCCCGUGUUCACGGAUAAGUAACGCAGCAGACCCCAGAAUUCAAUACUCGUUCUACUGGAAAUGCGAACAAUUGAAGGAAAAGCAAGAGACCAGUAGAAAUGUAAGUAGAAAUGCUGUUAUUCCUCUAAUCGAAUAAGUUGUGAACUUUUCUCAUCAUUUUGAAAUUGAUUUUCGGCUAUUUUUGAAAAAGGUUAGGGCGCAGCUCGCGGUUUCGGAAAUUGUAUCGAAAAUGGGAAAUUUUGACGAUUUAGAUAGUGAAAUAAACGAAAUGAGUGGUGAUAGUAGAUUAAAGUAAGUUUAAUUCUAAUAAUUUACAAUUUGUAUGGUUUUAUUAAGCUCGGGCGCAGGCUGCCAGGUAAGAAAUUUGUUCAAAAUGAGGUGCCGAUUCAAAACAUCGUAUUUUACUUUUUUAUUAGACCGUUUAGAGAUGUUAGUAAUGCAUACUUCAUGGUCUGGUCUGCAGAGGCAGAACACUGAAAUUUUUUAUAUUGAACUAGACAUUUGAUGGUAAAAAAUCGGAGAUUUGGGAUCAUAAAAGAAUUAUAUGAGUUUUUAAAAUUUUUAUUGGAUAUAGUAAUUGGUUUCAAGUAGGUUGCGUUGUUCGUUACUGUAAUUAAAAAAUUUUAAAAGUUUGGCGAGCUGCGCCCACAACUAAAACUCAAACUUGCUCUAAAUUUUUGAUUUUUCCAAUAAAUGUCAUCAUUUCAGUUGGACCCACGGCUGAAGCGAGACCGCCCCGAUUCAUCGCCCUCCGGCGAUCAGAAACGGCAAAGAAUUUAUUUCGAUGCCCCUAAGGCAAGUUAUCAGCCAACACACCCCUAUAGGGGAAAAAGAGGCCGUCCCCGCUCUCCUCAAGGCUACAAUCGAAGCGGAUAUCAGGGGAAACACCGAAGCUUCAGCCCGUUGGAGAUUUCACCAGAGCGGCCGAAAAUUUUCGAAAAGCGGCCGAAAGGCCACAAGUCCGGAUUUGAUGAGGAAAGUGAAGGAAAUCGAGGUGACAAUAGAGAACGAGCACCUAGAAGUCAGAGCAGGUCACCCAGGGAUCAAAAAUAUGAGGGGAAAUCGUACUAUCGAGGCCAAAAAAACAUCCGAAGAAGCAGUCGAGGACGGUCCGCCAGUCGCGAUAGAGGUGGAUACAGAGGCUACAGUAAUCGCAAAUUUGAGGAAACCCCCAAAUUCGUCAGUAAGUACGCAAGAUCCUCGGGCAAAUCGGCAAAUUCAAGUCCGGCCAAGAGAUCUCAUGGUGAAGAUGGAAAUUCACCAGAAAGCAAUGGAUAG